AUGACAGUGAACACAACACAAAGCACCUCAACCUCGGGAUCCCCUCUUAAGCUCGAGCACGCUACACUCGAAGAUAUCCCCGAGUUAAUCGAAGUCUGGUACAAUGCAUUUGAUACCCCAGACAUGCUAGCCAUCUGGCCGAACACCCCCGGAGUACGGCAAUGGUGGGAUCAAGCCAACCGCCACGACAUGCUGCACAAGCCUCGAGAGAAAUACCUUAAGGUCGUCGAUACAAGAAACGGUCGGAUUGCGGCAUACGCAAAGUGGUCCCUUGAGACGGCUGAAGAGCGUGGUCCCCGGUUCCCUCCAUGGCACUCGGACAUGGAUCCUGAGCGUAACGAUGCAUUUAUCGAGGGUUUGGAGCUUGGUCGUGCCAGGUUGGUUGGGGGAAAGAAGAAUUUCUAUCUUGAUAUGUUGGGUACGCAUACCGACUAUCGGAAAAUGGGCGCUGCUCGGAUGCUGAUUGGGUGGGGAUGUCAAAUGGCUGACCAGGAGGGUGCUUUUGCUUAUAUCGAUGCAAGUGCUGACGGACGGCCUGUCUAUGAGAAGUUUGGAUUUGUGGAUCGAAGUGACUCUGCAAGUUCGGCGGCUGGAUUGGCGUCUAUGGUUAGGGAGCCUCGGAACUGA